ACGUUUACUUCUCGCAGAGCUCCCGACGCGCGCGCACGGCGGCCGACGCGCCGGUUCUGACUCUGAGGUCAAUAUUCCAUCGGCUUUGAGGUCGCGCUUCGUGCCCGGCGACAUUCCCGAUCAGCUACAUACAUCGCAGCACAGAUUACAUAAUUGGCGUGUAUUGCAGCCUCAGACAGUGCAGCCUUGGUAGGUGACAAUAACAUCACAAAAAGUACCAGCAUGGAAGAGUCCGUGGACUACACCAAAGUGCCGUUCAAUGAGAAGCCUCUGUACAGACCACCGUUGGAGGAAAUUGUUGACGUGCUGAGGAAGCGCCUCCCCGCUACGUUCGAGCACGUGGAGGUGUCCGCGGAGGAGUGUCCGGACCUCACGCAGGAUCCCUUCAACCUCACUGCGCCAGGUCUGACGGGCGACGCUAAGCUGGUGGAGCUGGGCGGGCCGCCCUACCUGCUGCCGCUGGUGCAGCGCGACAAGGUGUACGACCUGGUGGCGCUGCUGCGGCACCUGCGGAGGGAGCCCGCGCUGCUGGUGGGCGCCGGCGCCGGGCCCUGGCCAUAUGUUGGCGUCAAUUGCGAGGGUAUAGUCAACCUGUUCGUGGAGCGCGGGCGGGUGGCGCAGGGCACGCGCGUGGUGACGGUGCAGCCGGAGGACGCGCCCAAGGGCAGCGCGGGCUACCUGCAGCGGGUGCUGCCGCCGCACGAGACCAGGAGCGCGCUGCUCGGCAACUACCUGCUGUCCGAGGGGAAGCCUGGCAAGGUUAUAAAAGUAGUCGCCAAAAAGCGAAUUGGCCAGUCGAACUUCAUCACCGCCAUCAGAGAAGCACUGAAGGAGCACUAUGGGGAUAAAGUUGUCGGUGCGGGCGGCGCGUUCGUGCUGCGCGCGGGGCGCGUGAAGCACCACGUGAUGCCGGACUUCAGCGCGACGCCGCUGCGCACGGACGCGCACGUGGACGCGUGGCUGCACUACUUCGACAUGCGCGCGCCCAUCGUGCACGUGGGCACGCUCGUCACCGGCGACCUGGGGCUGGACCUGCGCGUGCAGCACUUCCACGGGUUCAGCGAGCACGGCGACGGCGGCCACUACCACUACGACACCACGCCGCAGGAGGCGCACUACGAGGGGUACUUCACGCUCGCCGCGUCCGUCGUGCGCGUGGACCAGCCCGCUCACACGCACUCCGUGGGCCGCGACUGACGCGCCCACAGACACGCACUUCAUUAGCCGCGAGUGACGCGGUCGCGCGAGGGACUAGCUACACUUCAGCCGCAUUCCCGUUUCGUUAAACAUAAGAUACACAUCUCCUUUUGUAUGAACAAAAUGCGAAAUAAGAUUAAAUUACUUUUUUACGUAUAAAAAUUACAUACUACUUGUUUAAUAUUUUUAUAAAUAAAUAUAAGAAUAACUUCAAA